UAGAUUCUAAUUAUAAUUGAACUGAUUUCUAUACCAUAUAUUUUAUAUGAUUUAAUUAUUAUCGUUCAUUUAAUUUAAAUAUUUAUUUUAAAAUUUAUAAUCCAUGAUAAAUCAUAUAUCUUAAAUUUGACGCAAAUGAAACCGUCGUUGUCAAGAUAUAUAUAGUCAUAUUUUGUUUCCAAGCACGUGUGUACCUAACCUCAAAGCUUAAAGUGUGUACUAUCCGUUUAAAAACAACACUUGUUAUAUGACGUAUUUGUAUGAACUGUGAAUUGGUAAACAAUCAAUUAAAACAAGUAUUGAUAUUAUAAAAAUACAAAAUGAAUGAAAAAAUGGGCUUAACAAAACAAUAUUUAAGAUAUGUUCCAUCCGGUAACGUAAAUAUAAUUGUAAGUCCCCGGUGCAAUGUGGUUUUUGUAACUUUACAAGGACAAGAGGGUAGAUUUGUAGCAGUGGGAGCAUGUGAACAUGUGAUUAUUUGGGACCUAAGAUUAGGUGAAAAAGUACAAGUUUUAACUGGAGAAAAAACAAUUGUUACACGUUUGACUGCUUCACCAAACAAGCAACAUAUUGCUGUUGGUUAUGCUGAUGGCACUAUUAAGAUAUUUGAUCUCAGGUCUGGAGAAAAUGUUAGUAUAUUUGUUGGUCAUCGUUCUGAAAUUACAUCCUUGUCAUAUGAUACUUUAGGCCACAGAUUAGCAUCUGGAUCCAAGGAUACGGAUAUAAUAAUCUGGGACGUAAUAGCAGAAACAGGAGUAUGUCGUCUAGCAGGACAUAAAGAUAUAAUAACUAAAAUUGUAUUUAUGUCUGAACACAAUAUAAUUAUCAGCGCCAGUAAAGAUACAUUAGUAAAAUUUUGGGAUUUAGAUACAGAGCAUAAUUUCAGAACUCUUGUAGGUCAUAGAUCAGAGGUCUGGAGUCUUACAUUAGCAAAAAAUGAUGAAUAUCUAAUUACUGGAUGUAAUGACUAUGAAUUACAUGUAUGGAGGAUCUGUUUUAUUGAUGCACCAAAAACUGAAUAUGAUAUUAAUUUAAGUACUUUGAAUAUUGACGAGGACGAAACCACAAAUAUGCAAAAAUAUCCUUUGAGAUGUGGAAAAGUUGGAAGUAUUUUAAGAAAUAGUAAAGGAAGAAUUGUUUCUCUUGAAGUUGAUCCAUCGCAAACAAUAGUUGGUUGUCAUGGAGUAGAUAAUACAAUAGAAUUAUUUCAUUUUUUACAAGAAAGUAAAGUAAAAGAAAAAGUAACAAGAAGACUAAAAAAAGAAAGGAAGAAAGCAAAUGGGAAUAAAAAUGAAGUAAAUACUAAUUCUUUUAAUAUACCAACUUUAAAAGAUGAAAUCAAACGUUUGCCUUCUAUUAAAGUUUCAAAUAAAGUUAAAGGAUUAGAUAUGAUUAUGGGUAAAGGAGGUGAACUCAGGGUUUGUGUUGGAAUCGAUAAUAACUCUCUUGAUUUAUAUUCUUUACUUAUAGAAGAAAAAAAUGCUGAAGCAAAAUGUUUACGUUCUAUAACAGUUCAUGGACAUCGUACCAAUGUUCGAGUUGUUUGCUUUAGUUCUGAUAAUUUAGCAUUUGCCACAGCAAGUGGUGAUUCUGUUAAAUUAUGGAAUAGACCUUCUUUGGCAUGUUUACGUACUGUAGAAUGUGGAUAUGCUUUAACAGCCACUUUUGUACCUGGUGAUCGACAUUUGAUAGUAGGAUUAAAAGAUGGUAAAAUGCUCAUCAUUGAUAUUGCAUCUGGUGAUAUCUUAGAAGAAGUACCAGCUCAUACUAAAGAACUUUGGAGUGUGACUUUAUUUCCUGAUUUGAAAGGAAUUGCAAGUGGUGGUAGUGAUCAAACAGUGAAGUUUUGGAAUUUUGAACUUAUUCAUGAUCCUGAUAGUAAAAUAAAAGCAAAAGUUUUAUCUGUACUACAUACAAGAACUCUUAAACUAGAGGAGUGUGUAUUAUGUGUUAGGAUAAGUCCGAAUAAUAGAUUUGUAGCAGUUUCUUUAUUGGAUUCCACUGUGAAAAUAUUUUUUUUGGAUACAUUCAAGUUUUUCAUAUCGCUUUAUGGACAUAAGCUACCAGUUUUAUGUAUGGAUAUAUCUAGUGAUUCUACUCUCAUAGCAACAGGUUCUAGUGAUCGUAAUAUCAAAAUUUGGGGUUUGGACUUUGGAGAUUGUCAUAAAUCAAUAUUUGCACAUGAUGAUUCCGUGACAGGACUUUCAUUUGUUCCUGGCACUCAUUACAUUUUUACUUGUGGUAAAGAUGGUAAAGUUAAACAAUGGGAUGCUGACAUAUAUCAAAAAAUCGUGACUUUACAAGGACACACUGGUGAAGCUUGGAAUUGUGCUAUAUCACCAAAUGGCGUAUAUGUUGUAUCUUGCGGAUCAGAUAAAGUAGUAAGAUUAUAUGAAAAAACUGCUGAACCUUUGGUACUAGAAGAUGAAGCAGAAGAAGAAAGAGAACGUGCAGAAAAUGAGUUGAUUACUGGAGAAACUUCGGCUGUACAGGGACAAAAGCAGCAAUUAUUACCUUCAAGGAAAACUGUGAACAGUGAAAAAGCGGCAGAGUUAAUUCUUGAAUGCUUAGAAGUAUCAAAAGCUUAUGAUGAAGAAUUAUCUAAAGUUAAAAACUCUAACGUUGUACCAGCAUUGCCACUAUUGAUGCAGGCUUACAAUAGUAAAACAAGCGAAGAAUUUUUCUUAGAAACUAUAAAACGCGUUAGAGCAAGUGAAUUAGAAGAAACUUUAUUAUUGCUUCCAUAUUCUGCUGCUUGUGAAAUUUUAGAAAUGCUUCCCAGAUUAUUGAAAAGUAAUUUUCACACAGAAUUAUUAACUAGAUUAACAAUUUGUUUAAUACAAGCACAUCAUGGACCUAUUAUGUCAAAUCAAAAUCUGUUAUUGACAUUAGAAACUAUAAAACCACUCAUCUUUGAUAGAAUAUCUACAUUAAGGGAUACCGUUGGAUAUAAUUUACAUUGCAUGUUAUAUGUACAACGUAAUCUAGAACAACAAGAAGGUGUGCAACUUUUUAAAGAUGCGACUCAAAAGAAAGGACAAAGAAAUAGAAUUAGAAAAAAUAAGCAAAAAGCUUUAAAAAGAGCCAUUAUGGCUUUAUAAUGUAAUUAUAAAUAAUGAUAUUAUUUGUACAUACAUUAAAAUAAUAAAAUUAUAAAAUAAGAAAAGAUAUAUCGUAAGUUAAAACAUCCCUGAGAUCGUUAUAUUUGUCCUAACGUUUGUAGUUUAUAUUUUUAAUACUAGGUGGCGUUGAUGUUGAAUAUUUAGUACAAAGUUCAGCCACUUGUCAUUAAUUGACGAAACCCUCGUUCGUUUCGACUUGUUUCAGUCGUGCUUAUGACAUCAAUAUGGGAGUUCUACGUCGUAUGAUAGAGCGUAUUUUCUAAUAACAAUUGAAAUAAAAUACAAUAUUUCUUUGAAGUUAAAAGAAAAUAUCAAUUAUCUUUUAUAUCAAAAGGUGUGUACACGUUUAUUUUACAUAACCUAAGAUAUCAGUAUAUCGUUAAUAAACACGAUGCAUUUCUAA